AUGACAAACGUACCAUCCCAGAACAGCAGAUAUCACCAGAACCAUGAAACUUUGCCUAUAAGUGAUCUCCAAUUAUAUUCACCUUCACAUAAAGUAAAAGUACCAAAACCACCAGCGCGUAAAGACUCUCGACGACAAUCAAGAAUCUUCUUGCCAUUCGAACUGAGACGAUCGUCCUCUCAACUGAGUGAUACUCAACUAAUUUUAUUCAAUUUAUCCGAAGAAGAAGAUGAACCGGAUAUAAUGGACGCACAACAACAACAGUUUGCACAGAAUAAUCUUGAAGUUAUUUUUCGGGCACUCAAUUAUCCGGAAUAUUAUUGGGCCGAAGAAUCACUAAAAUAUUUAAACGAUGAAAAUGUCAAAUUAUGGUAUGAGAAAGAAAAAGGUAUAAUUGAUCAGCAGUGGGAUAAAUUUAAACCACAAUUGCUUAAAUACGUUCAAGGCACUGAAGAACCGAUAGCAGCGCCACGAACAACGACAACAGCAAAAGAAGACUCCAAAUUUCCUACAGCUGUACAUGUAUAA